CGAUUGCCUUCUGCGGUUCACAACAGCGCCGGACGUCGACCUCCGUCGCAGGGAAGCAGCGCCAACCAGAGACGCCGCAGGGAGUGCCGCCGACCUCCGUCCUCCCUCUCCCUCACUCGCUAGUCGCGCAGCAACACCGGCCGAUAGUGGUAGGAAUGCAGCGACAACUUCCCUCUUUCAAUCAAAGUUCGAAUUUUUGAGAGGCAGGGAGGGAAGGAGUUAUAGCGCAUUUGGAAUGACAAGCUAGCGACAUUUAUUCAUUGGCAUCCAACCAAUUAACACAGCUCCUGGCCGCCGGAAGUUGAUCGAGUGAGUAUAUUAAGGUAUUGUAACAAAACAAGCCACGUGGCAGUUCGUUGCAAAUAAACAAGCUAAGUUCUCCGGCCGGCCGCCCCGGUCUUUUUGGGACUGAAUCAUGGGGUCCCGUGCGGUUGGCCACUUUGCACACCCUCCGAGCCACCCAUGCUCCUGAUUAUAACAGUCCAUGAAGCAAGCAUAAAUGAAAACCGUGCAAAAUGUAUCUACAAAAUACAUCUUAUUUUGGUCGACAACGAUCCUCCGAGGAGAAAGAAGACUGUGUCUGGCUAUGAUCCCAUAGUCCCUUUAGAUACCAGGUUUCAUAUAUGUGUUACUCAGGGUUUAUUUGUGUUUAAGGCCAAGCCCAAUCGUUCAAGAAAGUUCAAGGAUGCAACUAGAUGCAAGUUUAGAGCCCGUGAUCUUGAUUUUUAUCAUAUGAUCCAAUGGCUUGAAGAAAAGGCUGGAGGAAUCUUGUGAACUCAUCCAUGAAAGUAAUGUUUGGCUUUCAACGAAUUACUCCUUUUUUUGAACGGCUAGGUUCAAUGGCAACUCAUUUUGAGUGGCCAUGGAAGCCACUGCCACUUUUCAUGCUCCAUUCGUAAAAUUGAUGAUUUGUACCUCCUGACACACCCCCUCGCCCAGUCUCGACCAUAACCUAUCCCCCCACCAAUAUCAAUUGUACCCCGUAAGUUUAGUUAACUUUGAAGUCAAAUUUUUUUACUCACUUUAGAGUCAACUAAACAUGCAGGGGUGCAUUUGACAUGGGUGGGGGAAUGGGUUGGGGUUGAGUCUAGGUUGGGGGGGGGGGGUUUACCGGGUUUAGGGGGUAGGAAUCAUCAAUUUUACGAACGCAGCACUGUAAGUAUUUGAAUCGGAGCAGUGGCUUCCAUGGCCACAAAAAAGUAGUGGCCAUAGAAUCGGCUCGUUAAACAAAAAUGGUUCAAGUGGCUACAAUUAAUUUCUUCUUCUUUAGAAUGACUUCCUAAUUUUUUAUUUUUAGAAUUGUUCUUCCAAUGACUAAUUUAAUUUCUUCGAUCCCUUUAAAGUGACUCCACUAGCUACACUUAUGCGUAUUAAAUGUUAUUGCACUUU